GAGGUUUUUGUUUUUGUUUGUCAAAGUCAGUGGACGAUGGUGAUGGUUGGUGGCUGUGCCAGCGUGCUGGCUGGAGCACGAGCACGGCUGUCGCUGUUGCGCCGAGGAGUGCUGCCGUCAUCAGCAGCAGCGAGGGUGCGUGUAUUGGGACGCACGCAGCCUCGAUUCUUGGCGACGACGCAAGAACGUGGUGGUGACCGGGUGGCGCUGGUGACCGGCGGUAGCCAAGGCAUUGGCAGGGCAACGGUGGACAAGUUCCUUGAAGAAGGCUGGCACGUCGUGAACGUGGACACGGACAACACAGUGUUUUCGGAGCUGAAGGACAAAGCAAGCCGCAACAACCGUCGCAUUGUCAACAUCCACGCAGACGUUGCUGAUGAUGGCGUGGCCAGCGAUGCCGUCUCCAGGACCGUCAACGAGUUUGGUCAGCUGGACUGCCUCGUGAACAACGCGGGAAUCUUGCCUGUGGAUACUGUCCGCCCUGCGCACGAGUAUUCCUUGGAGAACUGGCAUCGCAUUCUUCACGUCAACCUUCACUCUGCGUUCUACUUUUCCCGCGCCGCACUUCGGGUGAUGGUGGACCAGCAUGAGAAGACAGGCAACCCUGGCGGCGUGAUUGUCAACAUUGGCAGUGUGCACGGGCUGCAAACUGCCCACGGCGUCUCUGCCUAUGCAGCUUCAAAGGGGGCCAUCCUUUCGCUCACACGGCAGCUUGCACUGGACUAUGGCAAAUAUGGCAUUCGCGUGCUCGCUGUCAACCCUGGAACGAUUCUCACACCGAGCGUGCGUCGCAUCCUGGCUGCGUAUGACGAAACGGAAGAGGACGCCGGCGCCAACUAUCCGCUGCAGCAGCGCGCGGGGAAGCCAUCAGAGGUUGCGAGCGUCGUUCACUUUUUGGCCACGGAUGGUGCAUCAUUCAUGACGGGAUCGCACGUGGAAGUUGAUGGGGGUAUCACGAUUGUGGGAUCAUGGGAAUGACUUGAAAGCGGUUCUUGGUCUGCGCUUGGCCGCACCUGUUCGGUUGAAAUGGAAGUGGGUGAACGCACCUAAGGAUGCAGUCCCGAAUGCGCCCGUGUACUUGGUUCCAAACUUCUAGCCCUCGCCUCGUGGUCACGCCUCCUCACACCCUCAACCUGAACAAGGUACAAACGUCGUCACAAUAAACAAGCUCUUAAGAACGCUUGCUUGCAGGCACGGCCUUUCGUUUGGGACCCAAGGGUCCGUGCAUCACCGGUGCUUGAGCUCCAACCCAACCCCCCCCCCCCAACCCCAAUCUCCUGCUCCUGUUUUGUUGCCUGUGGUGUGACAACAACACACUUGUCACUUUGCUUAACGCAUGAGCGUGUAUCGUGGAAUCUUUCCUUCACGUGCUCCCCUGUUCUCUGAAUCAUCUCUUCUUCUUACCCAAGCAAUCACGUAUCUCAUGUCAUGCGCAGUCUUCUUUAUACGUACACAAGCGUUCAUUGAUUGGUUAGUCUCAACACUACCAGAACACACCUUCCUCACACCUUCACACCCAUUGCCUGCAAGCACACGAAACCACUGAACGUACAUAACGCGGG